AUGUCCUUCACAACAAAAUCACUUGCUAUUGAAUCAGGAAAUCUUAUGAACCUAUCUGCAGUGGUAAUUACAUCAAUUGGGAUUUUAUCCUCGUUUUUCACAAUUUUUAUGAAUAUAUAUUUUAUCAAGAAAAUCACGAGAAUCCGUCACCGUAUGAUAUUUUUCUUUUAUCGAAUUUUCGUUGACAUAUCGUACGGAGUUUUAGCGUGUGCUUAUAUGAUAUUUUGCAUUUUAUAUUCGUAUUUUACGGAAGAGCUCCGUGAGAAACAGGGUUUUAUAGUUUAUCUCGGAUUUCCACUUCAAUCGGUGGCAGCUAUCAGGACGAUCAUAGCUGUCGCAAUUUCAAUAGAACGGGUUUUGGCUCUUUGCACUCCUGUACUUUUUCAUAAUUAUCGUCAUCGAUUUCCUAGUAUUAUAAUUCUAAUACUAGCAGUAUGCUCGGGAAUUUUUGAAGAUUUAGUCCUUUUCCAAUCGUGUACUUUAAAUCUUUCUAACAUUCCAAGAAACUGCGGUGUAUUAAGAUGCGCCGUUGACAAGUGUUUUUUUGAUCAUUGGGCUGACAGAUCUAUAAUGUAUGCAUUGAACUUUUUGUGCUCCGGACUUCUUUCUAUAAAAUUGAUUUUCUUUAACAAAUCUCUAAAUGGGCAAGGUGAACAUUCAAAAGUUAACCAUAUAGCACUGCUAGAUGCAGCCAAUGUAUUUUUAUGUGAUUUUCUUCCAAAUUCAAUUUCAAACUAUGCGGCACAAUUCGAAUUUUCUAGCUUUCAGAACAUUGGCCCUUAUAUUUAUAUCAUAAAGCUCUUUGGAAUAGCAAUUGAGACGUGCUUCAUCUGCUGGAUUUUGAAACUGAAAAAUACUCAAUAUCAACCAAAUACUGUGUUACCCCUGCAAAAAUAA